AUGGCGACCGCGAUGGAAUGGUCCCACGAUUUCUGCCUCAACUGUGACAAGCAGAUCGCCGAAGGAGCAUAUUGCUCGCAGGCAUGUCGGCUCGCCGAUUUGGAGAAAGCCGGGUUCUCAGAGCCCAGCUGUCCUCCGAACCUCGCAUCAUCCACGACAUCAACGGGCACAUUCUCCGGAGGUUAUACUGGCUGUGGCUUCUACCUCCCGCCGGCUGCUAGAAAGUAG